GGCUUGAGUAGAGGUUAGUUACGAGCCACUGAACCAAGAUUUGGCAUACAUCGUCGCCCACAUCAACCGAUGUUAGGGCGGCUUCAGUACAGAGCAUAAAGAUUCCUAAACCGCUCCUUGAUGAUUCCUGCUCUGCCGAGCCGACGACAGCGAUCACCCGCAAGUCCUGUGCAUCGUGGUCCCACAACACUGCUCAAUCACCACAGUCUCGCUACUCAUUCAUUGCAGUUCGCAAGGAUAUCUGCUGAGGAUCCACCAUGCCGAAACAUGCAGCACCUUCAUCACCCGGUGCUGCUUCUGCUCGGAACCCAAGGCCGCCUUCCCGUCACGAGGAAGGGGAGAGGGUGCCACGAUACCAUCCUCAGACCAUGUCCAGUUGCUGCAGGGACCUACAAGUGGUUCGAGCUUCGCAAGUUUCUUGGUCCCAGCACCGUGGAUUCUAUGUCUGCCGACCCGGAUGCGAGGUUGCACGGCACUUCAUUGGCUUGCCAGGCAGCCAAGCGUCGGACAUCCCCAACUCAGAUGUCCAUCUUCCUCAAACCCCUCAUUCUCAAUACCUCAGUACCCCUGUCAACUCUCGCUCCUGCUGUGGAACAUGGCUUGUGCGGGUGCGGAAGAAUCUCACCGCAUUCUGCCGCAUGCCACGGCAUCAGGGCUGCCUGCUGUCAUGCCAUAGUUGCACCGGUUGACUCGGCCAAACGCGCUUAGACAUAUCAGCACAGCAGCUCCUUGACGGGCGGCUGUGGCAUUGUACAAGUACAAGUGCCUGAGACCUGGCCCUCCUUACCAGGAAGUUCACGGCAUACCGAGAA